UGCCUUCCAUGGUAUCUGGGAAGGCGGUGAAUUAAACCACAUUAUUAGAAAUCAGGAAUCAUUUAAUAUUUCAAAGUCAUUCAGUAGAAAAGUUACUUACUUGAUUCCGUAACAGUUUGGGUGGCUCUGUAUUUAUAACUAAUUAUUUGAGUGUCCCAUCUCCUCUCCACUCGUUAACAAGCGGUAAAAGUUUUAUUUCCAAUAACUUGAAUGCAUCACCAGCCAGACCCGGAUGUUAUGCUCAUAGAUAGUUGUAGUCAAGGUAUUUUGAUAUUGUAGAGACAGGCGAGAUUUAAUGCCUCCCAGAUGAGUUUGAAAGUAACAGACAGAAACAAUUUUCUCGUUUAAUCGUUUAAACCUAACGACGACGUAAAUAUAUUUGGUGAACUACGUUUCCGCUGAACAAGCAUGAAUUCUUGACAUUUUUUGUUUUGUUUUUAAAAGCCGUGAGCUUGGUUGUAUCCUCCAGGAUGUUCCGAGAGUCCUACCCGUUUGUGGAGGACAGUUUCAGCCGCUUCCCGUCGCAGAGCAACAUCUACGGCCUCUGUCAGGCCGGGGAGCAGGAGCUGUUAGCGGCCACUCUCAAGGGGAAGGUGGUGUGUUUCAGAUACCAGGAGCUGCAGCAGAAAGUCCGGCCUGUGGCCAAGGAGGUUCAGUUUACCUACAUACCAGUUGAUGCAGAGAUUGUAUCAAUUGAUGCCUUCACCAAAUCCCCACCCAAAAGAGGCCUGGUGGUGGGCAUCACCUUCAUAAAGGACUCUGGUGACAAAGCCACUCCAUUCCUGAAUAUCUACUGUGACUAUGAGCCCGGCUCUGAGUUUAACCUGGAGUCUAUUGCGCAGAGCUGCCUGAAUCUGGAGUUGCAGUUUACGCCAUUCCAGCUCUACCAUACAGAAGUGCAGUGCGGCGACGGAGGCGGCGAGACGGUGUUUCUGCUCAGCGGUCAUGACCAGAGGAUUCACCUGUACAAGGAGAACGCCUCUCUCCACCAGUUUGAAGAGCAGCCAGUGGAGAGACUCUUCCCUGAAUUGCACCAACUUCCCAGCAAUGUGUUAUGGUUGGAUAUGAUGAGCAUACCCGGCGGCCAAAGACUCUCUGCGUUUGGCUGUCAGAAUGGAUGUGUGGGUCUAUCUCUGGUCAACCAGACCGGACCAGAGGUCAUCCGGAGCUGGCGAGUCCAGUUCGACAGUCCAAUCUCUACAGUGCUGUUGUUCCCGCUGAGCUGCCAAACUGAGCCCGUCCAGGCAAGCGGAGAGAAGAAUGUGGAAAUGGAAGGCUACAACCUCCUGGUAACCAGCACCAUAGAGAUGGCCGUCGUCUACAGAGACGUCCAGGAGCGUGGGUUGUCGUGCUCCGCGUGCCUUACGGAGAGCGACCAGUGGGACGCGGUUCUUUGUGCUCUAGUCAUUGACCUGGAUUUUGACGGACAGAGGGAGGUGCUGUUGGGAACGUACGGACAGGAACUUCUUUGUUACAAAUUCCAGCCAAAAAGCAGCAGACGAGAUGGACAGUUUCAGCUGCAGUGGAGGCGGAGCUUCAAGAGCCCGUUGCUGUCUGUCAUCUAUUCAGACUUGACCGGGGACGGUUUGAGAGAUCUAGCCGUCCUCACACUAAAAGGACUGCAUAUCUUACAGCAUAGCCUCACCAGCACUGCGGAGUUGGUCCUGGAGCGACUCUCCCAGAGGGUGUCAGCGUUGACAGCCAACACUGAGCUGGAGGCAGCAAAAGCUCAAAACACUGAGAAGAACAGUGCUCCUGCUCAUGAACAGGAGUCUACCACGUAGACACCAUCAAAUUAAUCAGAUUGUUAGAUUUUAUUUACUUGGGUAAGUGCCAGUGGCUCAGAGUUAAGUGUUUGUCUUAAUUAAAGGUGCAAUGUGAAGGAUUUCUCAGGUAAUUAUAUUCUUGAUGAGUUAAAUGUGCUGAUGAUGACAGACACUGGUUAGAAAAUCAAACAUGGCCUACAUUUGCUGUUCAAAAGAGUCAUAUCUUCGUGUGUUGUUGUGCUGAAUGUGAUUCAGAAUUUUAAAAAAUGCAAAUUGGCUGAAUAACCCAAGUAAACUGGCAUUAUGUGAUGGUAAUAGACCAUGUUGUAGACUGAAAUGAUGAUAGUGUACAGUAAUUAACAGAAAGAUAAUAAAUCCCUUCACCUUUGUUGUUUUUUGAUA